CAGAAUUUUCCCCCAGAACCCCGGCUACUAUAUUUAUUAUUUGAGAUUGCGUGCUUCGGUUCUCAGAAAUGUCGAUUCCCUUCAACGGCACCCGUUCGCGUUCUGCCGGGGUAAUCAGUGCGAUUGCUAAGCAUCUGAGAACGCUAUCUUUAAAACCGGUAAAAUCCAUCGAGAUCAAGUUCGAUCCGUUUCACGAGAAAUCUUUGGAGACAAGAGGUUUUCUGUUUCACAUCACAACUCCGAAAAUAAUUGCUACUAAUCCGAGGUGCACUGUAAAGCCAGAGAUUCGUUCUGAUUUAUCCGAACCCGUAGUCACAUUUAAUUUACCCGGUGAUAGGAUCAUUUGCAAGGCAGGAAACUUGACUUCUUUGAAUCUAUUGGAACUGUACAAUAAACACAUCACACCGUUGGCUCCAGUCGAGGUUGAAACCGACGUUAAAGUUCCGCUUGUCGUAAAGAAGAAGAGCACGAAGAACAGGAUUAGGAUUAAACCGGGAAGCAAGCGCCGAGGAGUGAUCUUAAAAUGCUAAGUGAAUUUCGACAAUAUUAAAGAGAAUAUUUAAGUACGAAUGUACAAGUGAAAGAAUAAAGUGCUUAGAGAAUCUGAA